CUCACACCGGGCGGCGCUUGUACCACUUCGCUGAUGCUGACAGAAAGACUGAGUUGAAGUGCUGCUUAAUCGUUAGUCAGCGUCCAUAUCGACAUUGAAUAACUAAUGAAUCUUUGGAGAAGUCAAGCUUGCGAAAGUUUGAUUCAGGCGCAAGGGAUGCCUUGCCAUUUCCGGUUAGCCCGGGGAUCGCUACAAUCAUGUGAUCUUUCGGUGGGCCACAGCAAUGACAUAAGCAAACAAAGAUCCACACAAACUUCCAAAUCCAGGGUUCUGAAGCAUUCUUCGUCUCCAUUCCUUUCUUGUCAUUGGGUCUAGAGCUAGACUAGUCUCCUCGACCAGAUAUCCGCUACUAUUUAGUCUCGGCCCAUCAACAAUCGCCAUUAUGCUACCUGGAUUCCUGCAGAGUAGCUACGCUCGCUACAAAGCAGAUACUAAUACCUUCGCAACAUGGCUACUAGAGACUGCCAACAAAUGUGGCUAUCGGCCUACCCUUUCUGCUACCAUUCCUACGACGAACAAGAGUAAGCGUGAAGGUAAAACGGAUGGCUCAAACGAACAUCCAAUUCAAUACACUGCUACUACGAAAGACCUACAAAAGUUCGCCGAGGUGAUUGCCGGUUCCUCUCUGAUCGUGCCGAAAUCAGUCAUCACCAUCGCCAAACGCGCCAUCAAAUUGAGGAAAACGGUCACUUCAUGGUUCUUGGGUCGUGGCGACAUCGCGAACAAUAAGCGCCAUGCUCACUUUAUCACUGCGCUGGAGCAAAUUUGCGACACCCUUGAAUGGAAGACCGCCCAACCCUCCAAGACAGAUGCUAAGCAGCCACAUUCAAUGCCCGAGGUUCAAGAUGACGACGCAGAUGCUGACAAGUUCUUGAACAAGUUUGCUGUUCUCACGGUGGAGGAACCUGAGGAUAUCCCAGACACUCAAUCGGCGCCCGCAGCAUCGAAGAAGGUUGUCAAGGUCACGGUUGUGGAGGAGGAAAAUGAGGCAGCCGACUCCUACCUUGGUCACUUGCUCUUCAAGACCUUGUGUCUACUGCGAGACUUAAACAACAUACGGAAAUUUAUUUCCAUCACUUGGUCGGAGUACCGGGAUAAGAAAAUCGACCUUAUGAACGCCGCUGUCGUGACGGACAGUGCCUUGCAACUUGCCCGAGAUAUGGUGAAGGAGGUAGAGGCUGACUGGCUCUCUACUCGCACGCCGGCAAGAAAUGAUAUUCAGACACUUGUUUACAAUCUCGCCGUCAUGAGCCGGGGCAUCUCCGCAGCUCCAUCCACGGAGGUUGGCCUGCCAUACAACAAGAACAUGGCUGAUGUAGCCGAUUGGUGCUAUGUGCCUACCAAGGUUCUGCUUGACGCCUUUGCCAAUGUCCUCCACGACAAUCAUCAACCAGUCUUCAAAAAGGGCUAUUUCGGUACCUAUAACCCAAAGGCGAACAGGGAGCGGAUGUCUGUGGGCCAAAAGUUCAACGAAGACAAGAUAAUCCUUCUUUCGAUUUUGCCCGAGUUCUGCAUGUUUGACACUUUCAAAUUCAGGACGCCUACCUCGGACGCUAUCACGCAAGGUCUUGUUGAAUUUUCCAAGAACAGAAAAGUUACUCUAUGGCUAUGCUUUGCCUCCCAGAUUUUCCUCGACAUCCAUCACAUCAUGCGACACAGUACCCUGGGUGCAUUUGGAGACCUUCGGAUGUCGGGACUGCGCAUCCAGAAGGUCAUUGAUGACUACCUGAAGCUGUCCAAAACACACCCCAAGCCCAAGUUUUGGGCAAAGGAGGGCGACGAGGAGAUUCAAGGUAUUAGUUCUACCGUAGACUCCUGGAUCAUACAAGACGCGUUCCUCAAUCUUCGGGUCCUGUCUGGACUCGACAAAACCGGAUCACCGCCUGAGAAGCAUGCGCUUUUAUCGCAGCACUCUAUCCUCUGCGGACUGAUAUUAUUCCACCUCAAUAUUAGAAUGCAGCGUGUGGGCCAGCAGCUUGUCACCCAAUGGUAUGACGUCCAACAGCUGGCUUUCUUGCACAAUCUCGUUAUCAAUUAUGCUACGCACAAGGAUGUGAGAUGGCCCGAUAUGGAUGCUUUCAUCAAGAUUCAUGGCGAGUCUCAUAUCUUCAUUGGUUCACGGCCCCAGAACGCCGGUGAAUCGCUAAACAGGCUUGAACUGGCCACAGGCAUCUCAUCUGCUGCCAAUUUUGCGCGCGAUUCCCGGAGUAAACCCUUUCAUAAACCGGAUGGCAAGAAUCCACGCUUGCUCAAGCCUACCACUGCAGUUGCGAACUUGUUCUCCCCAAAGUAUGUCGAGGGUCUCGCGGAAGAUGCCGGGAUCGUCAACAUUGACCGGAUCCUGGACGAGCUCUCACAAGAAUCCAAGCUUGAAUCCUCGUCCUGCAAGGAGCCCCUCAGAGCUAAUGCGGAGCUCUCGAUUACCCAAAAGUGGUCGAAUAACCGCAACAUUGACACACUCCACCUUUUGGCCUUCCUGAAGACCAAGCUUUACGAAGAGGAGCCUGUCAUCUUGUACAACUACUUCGGCAUGCACAAACGUUCCAUCGAGCUACUGCGAUUGAUCCGAGAGAAAGAGCAUCACAAAUUUGUUCAAUAUUUUACAGCUGGGUACAUGCCUGAUGAGUCCUUCAUCCCCAACAUUGUCCUUCUCAUCCACCAUGUCGCGCGAGGUUCGGCGCAAAACGCGCGUUCAAUGGGACUCGGAUCGGGGGACGUGGAGUUAGUGAGUCGUAUUGUUAUGAGCUCUGGCGACGUCAUGCGUGAAUACCUGAAGAAAAAUGGUGAUGUGGCAUGCAAAGAGCUGAGGGUAUUUUGUAAGAACAAAAAGCCGAUUCAAGAUGAGGUUGCUGAUGAUGCGGGCGAAUCCGACGGGCUGGUGACGUCUUGGCUGCAUCUUGAGGAUGUUUUGGGUCCGAAGGGCGUGGCCUCGCUUAUGACCGGGAUCCCGAUGGCCUAGUCUCAGGAACCGUCCAAAUGCCGACUACUUGCCAAGAACUUCCGCCCGUCCCUUUGAAAUCUCUGCCUCAUUUGUUACCGCCAAUAUUUAUGACUCAAAACUUUUCUUGCCCAGGCUGAGCAAGUAUAUGACAAUGGGCUCCAACAAUAAUAAUGUCUUAAAUCCUUUGGCGUGCGCCAAUGUUUUUUUAGAGGUGGUGAAGAGUGGGUGACAGGCCAUUGUGGAGCCCCCAAAGCUAGAAAUCCUUAGUUAAAUCCUGAACAUCGCCCCCAAAGGGCACCGAUGCGGCGACUGAUCCCACGCCGUGUGAUA